UGUUCGGAAAAGAAAAUGGCCGCCGUCGCGUGUGUGUACAUCUCAGCAGCAGCACUCUGGUAGCGCUCUUGGCAUAGACGUUUUUGUUUUUCCACGUAAAUUUUCACCUUCUCUAAGCGCGCGGUUCAUCGACACACCGAGCCGAAACGAAGGCAGCAAAAUUUUCAGUGUUACUGUCGCGAUUUUUCGCGUGUGCUGUUCCAGGACUGUACGAAUCAAGGGAACCGUUUCCGCCGGAACAUCACGUACGUACAUCUCAAGAAGGACGUCGAAUCCUUGUGUUUGAACUGUGCAACGUUGACCGAACAAAAAGUGUAUAGUGUGCUCUCGGGCUUAUCCGGAAUAAUUGCAGUGGGUUUUGAGUGAGCUCCGUCAAUGUCAUACACAUAUUUUUCCAUACAUCUUCCUCGUAAUUCGAAAGAUGGGUCUGUUGCGAACUAGAAGAGUUCACCGAUUGCUGUUUUGGUCUAACCAAUAGACACUGUUUAAAGUUUAUCCCAUCGCCAUCUGGGAUGAAUAUUUUCGAUUGAUAAGCCCCAAGUGCUUCAGUGCAGUGAGCAGUGUCUGCUGCGUUUAGUUCGCGAAAUUGCAAAAAAUAAUAAGUUGGGUUUCUAAGGAGUGAUAGCUGAGAGCAGCAAAAGUAAGGUGGAUUGGCGACUGGAAUCGUCCAGUCGAUUGGUUUGGCAAGAACAACAAGAGCAACAACGACAAUAGUAACAGCUUGAAUAGUACUAUCAAAAAAUAGCAGCAAGCAGAAAAGCCGUAAAAUAGUGUACCUCCUGGCCACUGUGUGAAGGAUGAAGUGCAUGAGGUGAUCUUUGGCAAUUUUCUCGCUGUCUAUUUUGGCUGGAAGGCGUCGAAAGAGUUUCGCGACACAUGGAAUGAUACGCCUUUCUCGAAAUGCUGCCGCCAUGAUACCGUGAUCGUGUAUCCAUUGUGCAUAUAAUUCUUUGUAAAUAGUUGUGCAUAGUGAGUGCAGUGGGUGCGAUCUUGAAUUGGGAUAUGGUAGUUUUAUUUUCAAACCUAUAAUAAGCUGAUGAUAACAAACAAAGUGCGGUAAAUAAAAGUGAAUUGUCGUUCUCAUAAUCUUUGAAAAAGAAAGAGAUGAAAAUAGUAAUCCGUUCUUGAUGAAGAAAAGGAAAAAAGUCGAAUGCCUUCUGAGUGUGUAGAGAAGUGAAAUUUCUCGCUAAUAGCGUUGCAAUCUUGCUAAUUGCUGCCGCGCAGAAGAUCCCGAAGUGUAAAUCGUAUGGAGCUAAAAAGUGAUCAUGAUCCAAAUUAGCGAGUGUCAUGCUGUAAGCUCACGGAAGGCUUGAAGUGUGAAAAUCAUUUGUAAUCAAUCAGAAGAAGCUGAUAAGUUGUUACAACCUUCCAGCAACUGUGUCAGAAACAACAAAACCAGCGGAACAAAAAUAUGCUGACUUCGGAAUGAGAUGGAAGCGGCUAUACGUUCAGUGCAGCAGGUUGGGCCACCAGGCCAGAGGGCUGACACUGGCCCUUCGCCGCAGCCUCCUCCUACGAUGUCAUUUCAACAGCGUUUGCCACCAGGUGCUGCGCAAAUUCAUAGAUCUGUUGAUGCGUCCCAAAGUUACAGCAAAGGUGGCCCUGCACCGUCUCAGUCCGCACCUAGAUCGGCAGCUAGUCCCCUCUCUCCGCCGCGACCUGGUCCGGGGGCUGGAGCCGCGAGCUAUCCACCAUUCGCCGGAGCACCUGCACGGGAGGCACCACUCAGAUAUGUGCAAAAUAACUCAUACUACCGGGAUAAUCCCUACACCCGUGUGUCACAGGUAUCCCAGGUUCAGGAAUACCAUCGACAGGUGCCGGUGGUUUCGGUAUCUAGUAGUAUACCUGCACCCAUUAGUAUAGCAAAUUCCAUGGAGCCAGUACUACAACAAUCCACCCGACCCCGGAUAUCCCUGCUACCCCACAAUAACGAAUACCUGCAGAACCGAUCGGUGCACCAACAGCAGCAUUCAUCAUCGGAUGCAGGUCCACCUGCAUUUAAAAAGAUCCGCUUGAACGAAAACAGUCAGCAAUCUGCGCAAUCCCCCCUGAAUGUUGAUACACGUGAUCCACCGGUGUCAUCCGGUGCGUAUCAUCCUCAGGUGGAGGCGAUCUCACCAACUCUGCCGAGCGAUCCGACGGAAGAACUGCGUGCCACCAAGGAUGAUCUGUUACAACAGAUUGCAAAGGUGGACAUGGAGAUUGAUAAGGCGGAGAAAAAGAUUGCACAGCUGAAAAAGAAACAAGAAUCGUUGGAAGAGGCCUCGGCCAAGCCAGCUGUCGAGGAAAGUGCUGCUGAGGCUCAACCCAAGCAUCGUAGCUUGGCGCAGCAGAUCUACGCCGAGAACCGGAAACGGGCCUCGACGGCGCAUGCUGUGCUGAGUGCAUUGGGAACUGCCAUCGAUCUGCCGCUGUACAAUCAGCCGUCCGAUGCGGAAAUAUGCCGCGAAAUACAGGAACGUCAUAAAGCGUUCAAAAAACACCUGAUACUGCACAUGAAGAAGAUCAAAUCGGAACGGGCAGCAAAGCAGUCCGAAUUGACUGAACGAUAUGCGCAGUUAUCGCAAGACUGGUCCAAACGUGUAGAUAAGUUGGAAGCUAGUGCAAAACGGAAAGCGAAGGAGGCGAAAAACCGGGAGUUUUUCGAGAAAGUGUUCCCAGAGCUUCGAAAGCAAAGGGAAGAUAAAGAGCGAUUUAAUCGUGUAGGUUCUAGGAUUAAAUCCGAAGCCGAUCUUGAAGAGAUCAUGGAUGGUCUUCAAGAGCAGGCAAUGGAGGAUAAAAAAAUGCGUUCAUAUGCUGUGAUUCCACCUUUAAUGUUAGACUCCAGACAAAGAAGGCUAGUGUUUAAAAAUGAAAAUGGAGCGCUAAUAGAUAUGGAAACAGAAUUUAAGGAACGGUUAAAUUUAAAUAUGUGGACAGCAGGAGAGAAGGAGAUUUUUCGGGAAAAAUUUAUGCAGCAUCCGAAGAAUUUCGGAAUGAUUGCAGCCAGUUUAGAUCGAAAAAUUGCGCAGGACUGUGUGCGAUAUUACUACCUCAGUAAAAAGGCGGAAAACUACAAGCAGUUGUUACGGAAGUCGAGGCAGCGGACACGAAGUUCGAAGAAUAUACAGAAAUCCAAUCAAAAUCAGACGCAAUGCAUAGUAGAUGCAUUAACAACUGGUGUUACAACAAGACUACAACGUGAACAACAACAAAAGACUGGAGGCCGUGAUCGAGCCGCUAAUUCAACAAAUAGUUCAAUAGGGAAUAGUUCGGCAUCUAAUGUCACAACAAAUUCAUCUUCAAAUAAUACUAAUAACAAUAACGGUAGCAGUAAUAGUAGCAGUAGUAGCAAUGCAAGUAGUAUUAGCACUAGUACAGCUGUUUCUUGUGCAACAACGACGACAACUGCAGGCGAUUUGUUGGCGCCAGAAACGACUGUCUCAGUGUCCAGUACAGAGUCGACUACAGUUUCUGCGACAUCGUCUUCACCGUUGAUGACCGUCUCAUCGACGGCAACUUCUGUGUCGUCUUCGACUGCAACUAGUAUAGCAAGUAAUACAAGCAUUACCACUAGUAGUAGUAGUACCAAUGGCAGUAGCACGAAUGUAAGCAAUGCGCUACCAGGCAUCAGUGAAAGUACAGAUUCCAUUCUGCAAGAUGAAACUGGCAAAGAGAAACCCGCGCCAAGUCCAUCGGAUUCGUUACUAGGUGUUACUGCUUCAACUACUUCUAGUGCUUCGACGACGGACGUUAUUGCAACGUCUGUUAGUACAACUACGAUUGCUCCUUCGACUGCCUCUGUGCCGACUAGUUUAUCAGCGACAACAUGCCCAUCUCGAAGUGGUACUCCUUCAUCCACUGUCCCUACAUCGUCCCCAUCCGUACCGUCACCAAGCUUAUCGAUAGCGGCCCCGGUUAUCAGUUCAACGACUACAACAGUAGUUGUUUCAUCCAGCGCAACAUUAUCGUCUUCAGUGUCAUCUAGCAUCGUGAGUAGCAGUUGUAGCGGCAACAGUAGUAGUAGCGGAAACAAUGUCAACAACAUCAGCAGUACCUUGGCUAAGGAUGCCGUGAAUGUUAGCCUACCAGGAAGUAACAACAUCGGCAGUAGUAGUAAUAAUAGUAAUACCAACAGCAACACUAGCGGUAGCUUACCAUCUGGUGUGACUGCCGUUGAAACGUCUUUUGUACCUAAUCUUAGCAGUAAUAUCUCCACGACACCGCUGAAUGGCGUGAAAACGGAAGCGAUAAACUCGACCACCAUUACGGUUACUUCUUCCGUGCCAACGUCGCUAAGUAACAACAAUAAUAGUAACUACAGUAGCAACAUUAGCGCAAGUUUGAAUGUAAAUAAUGUGAACGCUACAUCAAUGCCUAGUAGUUCUAUCGCUUUAGUUCAUGGCGGUUCUUCCGUUACGCUAACGUCAGCACCAGCAGUGUCGUCGGCGGGUGGCGUUAAUUCGUCGCCCGUACUACUGCCACCCAGCUCGCAAACGCAUUUACCACCAUCAAGCCUGCAGCAUCCGAACUCGGUGGUAUAUAACAAUGCCACGAGUACACCCAAGAACUCCUCGAUGGAUAUCAUCAUCAAGGAUAUUACGCUAGGGUCUGUGGUCGCCAGUGUGGUGAAUAGCAAAUUGGGAGUUAAGGAUAGCCUGAUAAAGGACGAUAUGGAACCAAGUGAACCCAAAAGGCCACGAAUGGAAAUGGACGGUGUCAAAGAUGACAGUAAUCUGCUGGACGGAAAAGAUAAAAAUGUAGCACUGCAUUCGUGCUUCGUGUGCAAGGCGGAAAUGUGUCCCCGCACGCGGCCCUUGGAACGGGGCCGAGGAGCCCAAUACGGUAUUCCGGAAGAUGCGAUACCGCCGGGAGCUCGCGUUUGCAAUACGUGCCAGUGCAAGUCGUUGAAGUCGAGGUACGAUUCGUCAUUCUACCACACUUCCUCCUCUUCCUCACCUUACGCUACAGCACAGGGUCUAAUACUGAACGAUCAAUCCGUCCAUUCUAGAUACACACACUGUCCCUUGCCGACGUGUCCCAAUCUGAAAGAUAGGGUCAAGCGGUUUCGGAAUCUUCCUCCACGCCUUUUUGAGUUGGCACCGGAGAUUCGAGAUCCAAUCAUUCAGGAACUCCAGAUUCCACCGAAUGUUACGAAAUGUUGCUCAGCCUGUCUGACACGAAUUCGCCGCAAGAUGGGUCCUCACCUGUUAGGAACGAAUUUGACCGACGAGGAAGUGUCGAGGUUGAAGAAAUUGCUACAAGACAUUGGUCCAAAAUGGAAUCAGUUGGCGGAAACGUUAAAUAAGACUCCAGUGGCACUCAAAUCGUUCUACUUCCACUACAAGAAAAAGUACGGUUUUGAUUUGGCUGUGACGGAAUACUACAAACAACAUCCAAGCGAAGAUCGCCGGGCUACCAUGACGGAUGGAGAUGAAUCGGACAUGAGUGCAUCUUCUUCGGAUGAGCGAGACGGCAGCAGCGAUACGACGGCUUCUGCUGAGAGUCCCAAUAACUCGGUGCCGCUUAACGUUACGAAAGAUGAAAUUAUUACAGUUCCAGAAACUCUAGCACCGCCUCCGUUGACGAAAAACAUUGAAGAUGAUCGGCUUCUUCCCCCUGGACAGCCACCUCGGAAGCAAAAAUUAACUGAAGAAUACGACAGUUCUGCAACCGAAACAGCUGAUGAAGAAAACGAAACAUCUCCUGCUAAUCGUCAAAGUCCCAAAGUUGCCUACAAUCCACUGGGAGGAGUUAAUCCGGUGAUAUCUGUUCACCAUCCAUCCAUGCAAAACGGCCCUCGAGGUAACGAAGUCAGCUCACCUCAGAACGUGCGAGAUGUUAUGCUGAAUGUGAUAGAAAGAUCUCUUAAAUCUGGACUAAUGCCUGGUGCUGCGAAACCACCUCCUAUGAAAGCGAUAAACGAGAUAUCCUUUGGACCUCGAGAUUAUAGGGAUUUGCCAAAGGGACCGCCCUUGCAGCGCCCACCUUCUGAAGGAAUGGCAACUUUAUCUGUUGUAAAUUCCAAUGCUCACGGUGGCCCUCCCCAGAUGCUGUCACAUCAUCCGCAUCCCAUGAGUUCACAAAUUCAAGCUACCAUAACACCAGUACCCCAGCAACCGUCUCAACCACCGCCAUUGCAGCAGCAGCCGCCACCACAGUCUCAGGCUCCGCCGGCACAAACUCCACCCUCCUCCCAGCCAUCGGUGGUCAUUGGAGGUUUCCUUCGCGAAGAACCUCAAACGCUUGAUCUUAGUAUCAAGAAACCCCAGAGAGACAAUUUCCCCCCUCCAGCUCACAACAGUAAAAUGCCUAGUAUAUCUUCUCAACAAAUUCCACCCCAAUCGCAUGGAUCUUCCAACACCGGUAGCACAGUAACGGUUUAUCGAACGGAUAACUUUCCGCCACCAAGCCACCAACAGCAACCACAAAACAUUCCAACUCACGGACCACCCUACGGAAUGGGUUAUCAUGGCGAUCAUCUCGGUCGGCCAUCAAAAUCACCGUCGGGGUAUAUUACUACCGUACCUGGAGGACCACCGAUUGCUUUGAAUCAAGGCCCAGGUGGACCGUCCAACUCUGUUUCUUCGCUGUCCGGGCGUGGUCAAAUGUCUCAACAAACAAUUUCUCUAACACCACCGCCGACGAAAAAACAGAAUGCGCCCAAGUUGAGUCCCAAAAUGCAGCAACAGUCACAUCAAGUACAAUCGAGCAUGCAGCAACCGCCGUCCCAGUCACUUGGUCCGAAAGGUGGAUCAAUUACGCACGGCACCCCGGUUAACUGUGCUGCUGGUCAGCAAAUUAUAGUGCAAGGUCAAACUACGCUUAGUCCUCGAUACGAUAACAUGCUGCGUCAGACGCCACCCUCGUCCAACGAUAAACUGGGAUCCAUCACCCAAGGAACUCCGGUUCACGUGACAACUCACACACUACCGGACAAGCGAACUGCCUACGAGUACAAAUCCUCCUACAAUAAUCGUCAGAGUCCCGCACAAGCUUCUCAGCAGCCUCCUCAAGGUAGCAGCCCGCAGGCUCCGCAAUUUGCUUACGCACCGAGAAACGCUCCGGCCUUUACGCUUGAACCUCAGCAACUCAGCUCGCGGCAGAUUAUAAUGAAUGAUUACAUAACAUCCCAGCAAAUGCAGGGUCGAAGUUCUACUGGGCCAGGUGGUGGAAGUCGUCCAGAAAAAGAAGCUCCCUCUCCAAGAAGCGGUCCCAACAUGGUCAACUCACAGGCCGCACUGCUUUAUGCCGUCGCCGAACGGGAACGUAACUCUAGGCCAGAAUAUCUGAGCCGAACGUCUCCAGCCGACCACGUCAACAGAGUGUCUCCCGUUUUCAGCACUCCUAGUCCGCAUCGAACGCCGCCGCCACCGCAACGACAGGGUGUAAUCCAAAGGCACAACACAGCUGGCAGUGGUGCCAGUGUGAGCACGAGCAGUGGAGCAGGAUCGAAACCGCCGAGCCCAGCACCCAACAGGUUGCAUCUGGUGCCACCAUCGCAUCAUUACAUGCAGAGCCACGAUGCAUUUACUUCUUUGGUUGACCUGGCCGUGCAACAACAACCGAUGACAGUUCCGCAAAAAGAUGAUAAGAGAUCUUCGAUGGCAGACCAGGCGCCCCCACCACCUUCCAGUCAUCAUCCCGACAUUCGUUACCAUCCAGCAGCGAUGAUACAGAUUCACCAUCAAGCUCAGCAGCAACAGCAUCAAGCAGCAGCGGCAGCCGCAGCUGCUGUGGCCGCCCAACAACAGCAACAUCAGGCAGCGGCAGCUGCUGCAGCUGUUGCUCAGCAUCAACAUGCAGCUGCUGCUGCGGCCGCUCACCAACAACAUCAGCAACAGCAGGCAGCGGCUGCAGCCGCUGUAGCUGCCCAGCAACAUCAGCUUCAACGGCAACAGUUGGAGAUCCAACGUCGCGGAGGUCCUCCUCAGAUGCAUCCUUCUAUGCAACCUCAUCCAUCUGUGGUGGCCUAUCGAGACCAGCAGUUAGAUCGCGAGAUGAACUAUCGAAUGGAACGGGAACGGGAGCGGAGUAUGCAAGUUGAGCGGGAACGAUCGAUUAUGGCCGCCGAGAGGGAACGGCAAAUGGAACGCGAGCGUGAACGGGAACGAGAACGUGAACAGCGGGAACGUGAACAAAGGGAACGUGAAAGGGAGAGAGAACAGCGUGAUCGCCAACAAAGGGAUCGGGAGCGAAUGGUUGAAGAAGAGGAACGGCGUAGGAAGCACUACGAAAUGCUUAACGAAAGAAUCGAAAGGCCACUGGAACAAAUGGGUAUGCGACCACCCCCGGACGGCUCGCUGACUGCGGCAAAUCUGAUUGACGCGAUCAUCACCCAUCAGAUCAAUCAGACGGCUUCGGAGCCACCGAUACCGCCCAACCGCGAUAUGCACCGCCCUCCUUAUUUUUCAACGCGCGAUCAUCGACCAGCGAUCAGUGAGAAUAAUGGUAAAUCUCAUUCUCCUAACGUAAUUAACAUCGAUGUGGAUUCGGAACCAGUUCGAACGAAAAAUAUCACUAUAGGUGAGUUGGCAGAAACAAUCAUUGCUAAAGAUUACUCGCCCAAUCCGAACCCAUUCCUCCAAAUGCGCCAAUCGAUGAUUCCGAUGGGAAUCGAUCCUGCGAUGGUGGUUUCGGCUGCUGAUGCAUGGAAAUAUCGUCGGAUGGCGCCGGGUGGUCCUGGUGGUAAAGAUGAUCCCUCAUCCCAGCAAGGCCCACCGCAAUCGCUACAGGUACAGCCACCACCCGGACAUCAAUAUUUGCAUCCCCAGCAGCAGCAGCAACAGCAUGGACCUCCACCACCCGGUAGUAAAGGACCGGGUAGGUCAACCCCUGAUGAUCGACACAUUAUUCGGAUGGCCCAAUCUCCAGGACCUCGAAACAAAUUCAUAGAUUCCGUGUCACCUGAUGCGCAAUUUUUUCAUCCCGGUGCACCAUUGAGUCGAGGACCGCGUGAUUUUGCACUCGAUUGUUACGUUAAAAAUCGUAUCGUCGAGGCAAUGCGCACAGAAGAUGACAAGCGUGGGGGCGGCGAAGACGGUCGACCCGACCAACAGUCGCCAAGAAAUCCUUCCCCGGCUCAACAUGGUGGUCCACCGCCAGCGCAUCAUAACAAGGAUCACGAUCGUAGUUCCACUCCAGGCGACAUGUUGAUGGGAGACGAUGAACCUGGUUCAAGACCAGCUUCUGGAGGCAAUUCACAUCGCCCUCCGUCGUCGUCUCAUCACCAGCAACAUCCUUCUUCACACCAACAGCAACAGGGAGGACCACCAGUCCACAAUUCUAUCCAUUCGUCUCCGUAUAUGGGAAGCCAAUCCGGGCAACCACCACCGGUUACGACAUUUGCACCUCCAACCUACUAUCCGUAUAGUGCACUAAACGUGUCCAGUGGACCGGUGGUUGGUAAUCUUGGCCAUCCGGGAGUGACAUCGAAAACUACGCUGGUGGUACCAAAUCUUGGUGGAGGCAGUGGAAGUGGAUUAUCUGGACCUCCUGGUAGUGGUAUGAAUGACGACAAUCGACAGUCCUCAUCCGCGGCACAGCUUGAACCCAAGCCGCUUCUGUCGGCUCAGUACGAAGCACUCAGUGAUGAGGAUUAACCUCAGCCGAACUGACGCUUCGAUGACAGUCAACUUGCAAAGUGAAACGCCCGCGGAUGGUACGAAAUAGACAUACACACACGAAUAUAGUAUGAAAUCUAUCUCAUGAAAACUUGUAAUUUAUUAUAAAUAUUAAAUAUAACACAGAAAAGUAUGAUAAUAAAAAAAAUAAAGAAAAUAUAUGAUCAUAAUUAUCUCUGAAAGGAUACAAAUGUAUUGAUGCUAAACAAUUAGAACUCUUUGAAAACUGAUUAACGGCAGAAACAGCUAGAAGAUAUACAACGAGAAUUAUUGUUAAACAAAAGAAUAAACAAAAAAGAACUUGUACAUGGUAAACCACAAAAUAAGAGAAAACUAUUCUGAAACCAUCGCAUCAAAGAUGUAUCCCGCUAAUAAUGGCAGACGUGCAGAUAUGCAAGGUUGGUAAGCAAGCGACAUAGAAAGAGCAAGUUUAAUGCGCUUAAUAAAUAUAACACAUUUCACCUUAAAGAGAAAUAUGAAACAAAGCUCCCGGUUAGAAAAAAAAAAUAUAACAAGAUUAUCAUAGCAUACAAAUCACAAGCCAACACAGAAAUAAAAAUGAAAAACACACUCAUAUGUAUCGCAGUUCACUUCACUCGUAAAGAUUGCAGCGAAAAAAAAACUGAAACAGAACCCUCUAGGCAAACAAAUCCGAUAAAGCGGGAAAGGUUAAGUAAAAAACAGAUUGAUUGUUGGAAAGAAUAAUAGUGGCAGAUGUUCGCGUUAGAUUUCCCGAUUAUUGAGUCACAAACGAAACCAAUAGAGUCAUCGGUGGGAAAUGUUUUAAUGUGUUAGAUUAGAGCGUUCCAAUCGGAAAGAGAUAUAGAGCUGAGAACCUGUUUGUACGGACAUGCUAAACACGCGCAGCCCGAUGCGUUGAAGCUUUGGAUGCUGCACAAGACAUUAGCAGAAACUAGAACUGUUAGUACACGAGCUUGCUUUUGAAAGCAAAUGUUAAGAAAGUUGAAACACCCAAAAGUACUCAUAAACCCACUAGAAAACGUCUAUGCCAAUGAAAUCGGGGAGAAAAGCGAAAACUCUUACCAACCCAAAACAAUCGAUUAACAACAUUCGCAAGCAUAAAUGCUCUCGUAUUAUGUCCUAGGUUUUUUUUUCAUACAUUAAUGAAAAACGAACCUCUUGAAAUAAAGUAGACCUUUAACAGAAAAAACACAUUUCUGUUUCAAGUUGAAAGAAAAAUUUACGUUGUCGUAAUCAUUUUUCCUUUAAUCAGCUUGCAAAUCCAUUUAUGUUCGAAAAACGAACAAAAAUUCAUGUAAAAUGUACGUUUUUUUUAAUCACGUUGAACUGAACAGGUGACAAAUAGCGAUUUUGUAUAGACUAAAAGGUCAGAUUAAAACAAAAGUGGAAAAAGUCGUAGCGUAGGUUUAACCCACGUAAUGUGAGGAAUGUGACCAGUGCAUGGAAGAAAUAGACAUACACAUUCAAACGCGGAAGAACAGAAAACUAUGAUCCGUUUUAGAAAAAAAAAACAAAGGAUAACCAACAGUCCAUAAAACCGCUGAGAUUAUCGCGCGCGUUGUACAGCAAAUUAAAAUAAAUACACAAAACUAAUAAAUAUGAAAAAACGCAUAUUGCAAAAUAAACAGAGAAAAAAUAGAACGAAAAUGAUGAGACGAAUGGAGACAAAAUGUGGUAAUAUCGAUUUAUGUUCUCUAUAAAAAAAAUGGGAUAAUAUGCAUGUAAUUAUAUUAUUGUCAAGUUUAUUAUGAUAGUUCUCAUGUUUUAAGUUACAACUUAAAAAAGGAAGAAUAAUAAGAGAAGAAAAAAUAACGAUUGAUUGCUGAAAAUAUAAAUUUAGUUAGGUAGACAGAAGUAAAAAAUUAGUGCGUUGUAAGGCAUAAAAACACAGAGAAAAUCAAUGAUUAAUAUUGUGUAACAUUUUUUUGUUAGGCCUCCUUUUAGUUUGUAAUUAUUUUCCUUAUUUUUCUAAAAAAGUAUAUAUAUUAACACGAUAUGCAAAAU